AUGCCCAAUGCACCACGAAUAAUAUAUUUUACGUUCCAGGCAUCUAUUCGGCUUCGUAACACUGCCCUUUCUAACGCUCACGUUCUUGUUUUGUUCAUCCGUAAAGCGACACCCGACGUUACCGAACAACACAUUCCUCUGGACACUGUCAUCAUUAGCCGGAUCUCUGCUACGGGCCUGAGCCGCCCUAUGCAUUAUGUCAAGCCCAAAGUGCCAUCAUGCUCGCCGCCCGGAAUGUCAGCUGCAGCUCUGACAGUCGUCUGGAAAGUUUGGAGCCUCACAUGGAGCGUACGAACAAACGCCGUUAUUUCUAAGGAAUCGAAAUGGCUAUCCAUUACUUUACUCGGCUUCCCAUGGCUAGUGUGGAUUGGCCUCUCCGCGAUCUUUGCAGCAACACAGAUCAGUUCGCGCGUUCACCGAUCGUCAUUCUAUUGUAUCUCAGACAACCAAGACCUUAGUAUAGUCUCUUCCGUUCUUGCGGCCGUGCUUUUAAUCCUAUGCUUAAUAUUCCAAGGCUGGACCGUGAUUCUCGUGUAUCGGCGAUUUCGGAAGUCGAAAAAACUUGGACGUGCCGAAGUGGGAGAAGUGUCUGUUCCGUUCUUGGCUAGGAUCGUUGCUUUUGCUUUGUUUAUCUUCGUCGCUUUGGUCCUCAGUUUUAUUGCUGCGGUCCUCACAUUCUCUAUCGAAGUCCCCGAUAUCAUCAUUGCCUUCAUUGGGGUUGUCAUCUUUCUUAUUUUUGGGAGUCAAGAAGACGUGCUUGUUGCGUGGCAUAUCAUUCGGCCCAAAUCCCCAAGAGUUCCUCAUUCGGAAGGUCAAAACUCCUCUAUCGGACAUCUGUCUGAUCCACAGCCCGUCGAGAGCCACUCAUCUCCGAGUAGCCUUGCUCUGGCGUCCUACAAGGACGAUCAUCACGAACUGCAACUAUCUCAAACGAAACCAAGGUUUGAGUCCGAUAUCGAGAGCCAGGGCACAGCUACCAGCUCUCAGGCUUAG